AUGAAUUGGUGUAUUUUGCUUGGUCUACUUUCUUUUGCCAAUCUGGUUGUUUGCGUCCGCGAUCUCUACGCGGGUGUAUUCAAUAGGAACGACUUUUUGGUGGCACAGGAUCAUUUGUAUCAAGAGAAGCUGCACUACCGUACAGUGACAGCUAAAUAUGUCAGACAUUUCAGCUGCCCAAUCUCCUACUACCGCGUAUUAGACCGACUUGCCGUAGGCAGAGGCCCCAGGGUAGAAAAGGUAAAAGGCGGUCUCAUGAAAAACGUCCUAGCCCUAAAACUCACAUCCGUAUUCAACCAGCCAGUCAACGUCAUCAUCUACAUCGCUUGUGCGAACAAGAAGGAAGGAUCGAACGAGCCAAUGUACACUAGAGCUCCUUGGACUAGAGCAACACUCCAAAAAGAGAAUAAUGAAACAUCAACUACGGGUCAAGCAGGUGAUGAAACAGCAGCUACUGACAAUGCAGCUGCGGAUACAAAUGGAACUACUGUUGAAACAAAAGACGCUACGACUAGUGCAGCAGCAGAAACAACCACUGCAGCGUCUGCAGCUCCAUAA